AUGCUGACAAGCUUUAUGGAAGGUCUUCUCUGCUGCCUUCCAUCAAAGUCAACCAAUGUCGUGGUUCCCGUCGAGACGUCCGAAUCCAUCGACGGUUUCGAGUUCGUCGAAGUGAAACCGGGCCGGGUGCUUCGCGUCCGGCAUCUAAUCCCCGAGCGCUCGGUGGUGGAGCAACCCGCGGGACAGGCCGGGUACGUCAGCUGCAAGAGGAGGAUCUCGGUCUUCUGCAACGGGCAGUUGUUCAUCGAGAACCUCGGCGACAAGGCGGCCCCGGCGGAGCUGAAAACCUGCCAAAACGGCGACACGCAACCAAACAGCACCGUCGAGGUGGAACUGACGCACUGCGGCGACGCUUCGCCGCUCGACGAUGUUCCCGGCUCGGACUCGGUCGCGGCGGGAAAGGUCGUGACGUCUGAGACGGGAGCGCUGGCGGACGCGCCCGCCGCUUCGCAGCCCGACACGUCGCAGAAACGACGGCGGCGGAAGCUCAAGCGCACCGUGGUGAUUGACUGCCAGAGGAAAAUCUCGGCGUGUAAAGGGACGCAUACGGAUGUCGCUCUGUUCUUCAUCCACGGCGUGGGAGGCUCUCUGGAUAUCUGGAAGAGCCAGUUGGACUUCUUCUGGCGACUGGGCUACGAGGUGAUCGCCCCUGACCUGGCGGGCCACGGCUGCAGCUCCGCGCCUCCGAUACCCGCCGCGUACACUUUCUACGCCCUGGCGGAAGACAUGCGACUUAUCUUCAAGAGAUACGCACGCAAGAGGAAUAUUCUCAUCGGACAUUCUUACGGUGUGUCAUUCUGUACUUUCCUGGCGCACGAGUAUCCGGAGCAGAUCCACAAGAUGGUCAUGAUCAACGGAGGUGGUCCCACAGCGUUGGAGCCCAGCCUCUUCUCCGUCUUCAACUUGCCUUCAUGUGUGCUCGACUGCCUCUCUCCGCUGCUCAGCUGGAGUUUUCUCAAGGCCGGUUUUGCUCAUCAGGGUGCAAAGGAGAAGCGCUUGCUGAAAGAGAACAACGCCUUCAACGUUUCGGCUUUCGUGCUGCGCGCCAUGAUGAGCGGGCAGUAUUGGCCCGAGGGGGAUGAAGUCUACCACGCUGAGAUUACUGUGCCCGUCCUGCUGGUUCAUGGAAUCCAUGACAGGUUUGUCCCCGUUGAAGAGGACCAGAGAAUGGCAGAGGUAAAAAGGCGAGGUGGUCACAUUUUUUUUUUUUUACAGACUAAUUGCUAUUUCUUUUGCAUCUGUCAGAUCCUCCUCAUCGGCUUUCUAAAAGUCUUGGAAGAUGGCAGUCAUAUGGUCAUGAUGGAAUGUCCAGAGGCUGUCAACACACUCCUGCAUGAGUUCUUCCUCUGGGAGCCUGCAACCCCCCCACUUCCAAAGCCCAAAGCCCGGCCAGAGACCGCCAAAGCCCAAAGCGACAUGGGUAAAACCGGAGCCAACCCCGCCAAGGUCCGACCGGCGACUGCCUUGCAGGCCUCGUUAAAAAGUGAAGCACAAGUCAAGUUUGACAGGGGGGACAAAUGAGAAAAGAUUUCAUGAGCGGUGAUGAUGAUGCUUCAACUUCCACGGGAACUGAGAUGACUUGAGCCACAGUCAUGUGACUGGUGAAGAUGUUGUGCCUUGAAAUGAAGCGUGCUCAUAUUUUAAAGUGUCGCAUUUGGAACACUUGCAGAAGUAUUUUCAAAGUCUAGUUCGUUCUCUUUUUUUUUUCUACAAGAGUUUUGUGGAUGGAAAAUAUGUAAAUUAUGUUGGUACAAAGAGAUGCAGCAAAUGCAACCGUAUUUUUGGACCAAAUCUUUCCAUGAUUAUCCAGUACACGUUUUGUACUUUCAGACAUUUGUGCAUAUAAAAAUAUAUAGAUACAGCUCUGAUUAUGUGAUUAUUUUAAUAUGAUACUUU